UCCGUCACUUAUCUAAUUAAUUAUUAAUGGGAACACCUUAUUGGAUUAUUGUUAAAAUUAUUUUUUUUAUAAUAUUAAAAACCCGUUCGCACAAAAUUCCCUUAGCGACGUCAUACUGGGUGUAUCGUGGCCACAUUGAUAUUUCGUGAGGUUGGUACUGACGCCUGUCGCCAGCUGUCACGAGGUCGGAACGGUGAAGGGAGGCCAUUGACUUGGGAGUGUCAUGUGAGUGCAGAUGGCGGCGUGAAUUUCUUUGUAAAUUAAAUAAGUUAUUUCCUGUUGCAUAGUUCAAUUAUUGCUAUUGCAAGUUAUAUUUGUUUUUUUUUGGGUGAAUUAAAGUGACGGAAUAAUGGAACUGUAAGAAAACGGAUCUCACGCCGCCAUUCUGGAGAAAUCUCAUUACUGAUGGUAAACCCUCUCUAACACCGAGAGCAGACACUUCCAACGUUCGAUCAAUCAGGGAACAAGCCAAAGGAUACCGUCUCCCAUUUGUUUUUGUAUUGAUUCAUCAUCCUGCACCCUCCGAGGGUAGUUUCAUUAGCUAUUGGGCAGUUGCACCACUUCGGUGAUAACUUCGUUCCACGGAUUUGGUACCAGACACCAAGGAUCGUUGUUGGAACAUGUGAAAAGGGGUUUGUUUUGGGGGACAUUUGUUCAUACCAGUUAAAGACAUAUUUUUUUUUCUAGUAAUAUUCAGGACAUUUCAUACUUUCAUAAUUUAAUUACACAUAUAUGUUUUUCUUUCUCCACAAAUUUAAGUACAUUUUAGAUAUAACAGCCAUACCUUACAGUUAGUAGUGUUCCCCAAAUUUAUAUAAUUCCUGGUAGAAGUUUCGAGCUCGAAUAUUCUCCACCUACAUGUUCUUUUCACUUGGUUUGUAUUAAUUUUAGACUUGUUUCCUCAUUUAAUUUAAAAAUAAUAUUAGUUCAAUUAUUCACCUAAAUUUAAAAUCAUUUAACUUGCUUCAUAAUUUUCAAUUUUUAUUAGAUUUUUUGGUAAAUAUUAUUUAACUUUCGCUAUUAAACUUUUUAUAUUAAAUUCGAAUAAAUCCCUAGUACCCAUCCCCUCAGGAAGGUACUAGUUUUACUUGCUGUUAGUAUUUAGAACCACUAGUCAGAAAAGGAUCUUUGUAUCCAGUACUAAGUUGGUUCAUUUAGGGACUUGUUACCCGUCAACUCAUUGAGAGUUGUAUAAUAUAUAUUAUAUACAUUAGGUAUUUUCAUUGUUCUAAUAUCAGGUAGUAUUCAAUUAGGGUGUACGUAUUACAAUCGUACAAGUGUUAUUUGGUGAAGGGUUCAUACUAAUCUAGGUGUAGUUUGUACUUCCUAUAUUAGAGGUACUCAUUUGUAAAAUUUUCUAACCUCAUUCACAUUAUGGUUACAUUAUUUAAUUGUAUAAAUCUGUAAAUGACUUUCACUAGUAUCUACCAUUUCUUGUCAUUUUAGAGUCACAUACUAGUCACUUGUUUUAACUCAGAGAUUGUGAAUAUCUAGUAGUUAUAUUUAAUAAAUAUAUACAUUUAUUGUGAAUUUUUUUUAAUUCUUUAAAUUUAUACAUUUAAUAUACUUGUACUACAAAUUUAAUAUACUCUAUAGCAGCGUAGAAUACCUGGAAGAGUGUUAACCUAGUUAGCCUUCUUCUGGCGCCCAAAAAUUUAUUCUAUUUUCAUUAUAUUAUUAUAUUUACUCUAUCUAUCUUCUGAACAUUAUCUUAAUAUCUUCUUUUCUAGCCAUCAUUAUCAUUUCCUUUAAUUUAUUGUCUGGUCAAAAAUAGGCGUGCAAAUUGGCAGAAUCCUUCCUUGAGUGUCAAGUGGCCAUUCUCUUGCAUAUUUAGCUAGCCAUUCAAGUUACAUUUAUCUAUUCAUAAUUUUUUCAUCCCCUUUCUCUAUCAAGUAUACUGUUUUCAUUUGCAUAGUUCCAUACUAGUACUACUGCAAAGUAGUAUUCUAGUUACUUCGGCUUCUUCAACGUAGAAGCCAUCCAUUUUUGUUCCUUUGGCUACAUUAAGUAGGUCUUCUUUUUCCUACGUCUGUUUGGAGUUUAUCACUCUCUGUGCAUUCACUCCAACAGAAAAUCUUCUUCUUUCUUGUUACACUGGCUACCCAACGUGGUGCCUUAUUUUUGGUCUAAGACAGUAUUCAUUUAGGUCAUUUCUUUUCUUUUAUCUGAAGUUUCUUUGUUAUUUCCGUUGGUAUAUCUAUACUCAUUUUAUUACUUAUUUAUUUUAUCGUUAAUAUUUUCUGAUAUUUAUCAGGUAUUCUUAUACGCUGUAUUUAUUUAUUUUUUUUCCAUAUUUUGAGACCUCAUUAUAGUUUAUGAUUGUGCAACUCACAUUCUAGAUUAGAUUUUGUAUUUUAUUGGGAACUUAUAUUUAAUAUUGCUAUUACUUAUAUUACAUACAACAUAUAUUUUAUUCCUCCAUCCAAUAGUGGUAUAUUUGGAGGUACACUUAAGCGUUGAUCAUAUAUAUUUUUUUUCUAGAGUGGUAGUAAGUUACAUAUAACUAAAAAUUUAUUUCCAGUAUUUAGGUACUAGAUUUUCUUAAGUAUACUUUAUUUACUGGAUCAUUUAUUUAUUUACUUGAUCUUAUUUAUUUAUUCGCUUAUAUACCUGAUAAUAUAUAUUUGCUGGCCGUUUUGAUUUUGUUGGUGUGUUGCUAAUCUUUUCUCAGUACUUAUAUAUUCUGCGUGCAAACUUAGUUAUAUUUCAUACUUCUGAUCUUUGGACUGUUUGUCAAUAAUUUUGUUAUCAUCAUGUGUGCUUUUAAAGUGGAACAUCUUCUGGUGGACGAAUUGGACUAUGAGUUGAAUAUUAGGGACGUAGUACCAGAGGAGUCGGCAACAGUCGAUAGAAAACGCAAUCUUCUGCGGGGUGCUUUAAAACAAGAAGCAGGCAAUAGGAGUUUUCUCCAAAUUUCAGCUGCACAUAUUCCUUUUGAGGAACAACAGAAAGGAAUCUUUGAAACAUUAGACAGCUUGUCUAAAAAAAUCGAGAAGUUUCGGGGAACUGUAAAUGAUGCAGAAUACGCGCGAUUAACAUCUCGUUUAGCCCAUAUUUCUGGCCGUGUACACUUGUUACACUGUGCUACUGAAGAACAGGAACCUUUUAAGAAGUCUGUUUCUCUUAGAAUAUUAACCCUAGAGGGUGAACUUGAUUCUAGAGUUAACCCCGUAGCUACCUCUACUCCUAAUGCUCCCGUCAACGUAUCUAGCUUCACCUACCCCAAACCUGUGCAAGUACACAAAUGGGGUAUUUCAUUUUCUGGUGAAAAACAGCACACUGAUGUAAUGUCGUUUUUAGAAAGGGUUGAAUGUCUUCGUGUGUCUAGAGGUGUCUCUGAAGAGGAUUUGUUUGCUGCUUCUGCUGAACUGUUCACCGGUCCAGCUUUUACAUGGUUUAUGAAUAAUAGGGGUAGUUUUUCUUGUUGGUUGGAUCUGAUUAAAAGGUUGAAGUCAGAUUUUCUUCCUUACUCAUUCCAGGACGAUUUACUAGAUCAAAUUAAAAAUCAUAAGCAGAAACCUGGGGAAUCUGUUACUAUGUUUAUUAAUACUAUAUUAGGUAUGUGUAGUCGUCUAGACACUCCUUUGUCAGAUUUAUCUAAAAUUAAAAUUAUCCUUAAGUGUCUAUUACCCUUUUACCAUCAACAAUUAGCUCUGAUGGACAUUCAGAACAUUGAUGACCUCACUGUAAAGUGCAAACGUUUGGAGGAAACGUUAUCCUGGUUUUCUCAACCUCCAUCCACAUCUAGAUCCUCUUCUAAUUCUUCUUCUCAGCCAACUUCCUUUAGGCAACGUUCUUGGCAAAAUAAGGGUCAUGAACAUAAUGUUUCUGUUGUUAGUUCUGUUGUCUGCUGGAAUUGUGGUCAGGUUGGCCACCCGUUUUACAAUUGUAGGAUUCCUCAAACCCGUAUUUUCUGCCAUGGUUGUGGCCUAGAGAACACCCUUAAAAGGAACUGUUCUAAGUGUUCGGGAAACGAAAUGUCGGAGUUCCGUCCCCUGAGCGUUUCUCCGUCCACCUCCCAAUCAGGGAAUCAAACUCCAUCAGACAACGAGACCGUCGGCCCAAGCACACCCAGCAACUCAAACCCAUCUUCCAGUCGGAAAGGGAAGAGAGUACCGUUCAAGAAACAAGCACACACCACAAAUCAAAAUCAGUCCAGAAAUUAACUUUUUGUCAGGAUACGUUGAAUUCGCAGGGUUCACAUGAUUACAAAUCCACAAAUUCUUCUUUAAUUAGUAGUGUUAAGCAUAAUAAUAAUUUUGAUAGUGAAGUAGUUCCAUAUAACGGUUGUAGCCAACCAAAUACUUUAGACUUAGAUAUUAAUUCUCUAUUGGUUAGGAAACAAAAUGAUAAUAGGCCGUAUCUACCUAUACAAAUUUUAGGACAACCGUGUUUAGCUUUAUUAGAUAGUGGCUCUAAUAUUUCUUUGAUAGGGGCACAUUCAUUAAAUUUAUUGAAAAUUGCUAAUAUUCCCAUUAUGCCCAUUUCAUCCUUGCAAGUAUCUACAGCAGAUGGUACAGUUCAGUCUAUUACAGGCAAACUCCAAAUUGAAAUCACAGUGGCAAACUUAUGUAGGCAAAUUACAUUUUAUGUUAUUCCUUCUGUACAGAAUUCUAUAAUUUUAGGUAUGGACUUCUUCAAUGCAUUUAAUAGCACCUUAAGUUGUUCUGAUUUUUCUUUUUCCAUAUCUGAAUUCAAUCUGUCUACUCUUAGUGCUAUUCAUGAUUUUUCCAGUUUAUCUAGUGCUGAACAAAGGCAAUUGGAGAAUAUGAUCUCUCAGUUUACUACUAUUUCUUCAAAUGACAAACUAGGUCGUACUUCAUUAAUAUCUCACACUAUUGAGGUGGGAAAUCCUACUCCCUUCAGAUUAUAUCAGUAUCCCAUACCUCAAGCCUGGCAGGCAGAUUUAGAAAAAGAAGUAGAUUCGAUGCUUGCUUUAAAUAUCAUAGAACAUUCAACGUCGUCCUAUUGUUCCCCACUCUGGUUAACAAAGAAGAAGGAUGGAUCCUUCAGGAUCUGCUUUGAUGGUCGAAAACUAAACAGUAUCACCACUAACAGGGAUGCUUAUCCAAUUCCCCGAAUCGACGUGAUUUUGAGCAAACUUCAGAAUGCCAAAUAUAUCUCUUCGAUUGAUUUGUCUAAGGCCUUCUUACAGAUCCCACUGAGUGAAGAGAGCAAGAAGUAUACUGCUUUUGCUGUCAGUGGUAAAGGACUGUUCCAGUUUGUCACCAUGCCUUUCGGUCUUGUUUCUGCUCCCCAGACAAUGUGUCGUCUGAUGGAUUUAGUCAUUGGUCCACAGUUAGAGCCCUAUGUUUUCUAUUAUUUGGACGAUAUUUUGGUUGUCACCCCUGAUUUUGCCCUUCAUAUGGAAAUUUUAGAUAAGUUGUUUUUACGUCUUAAGGAAGCUAAUUUAACGAUUAAUUUGGAUAAGUGUCAGUUUUGUCGCCCUAGUCUUAAGUUUUUGGGUUAUGUUGUUGAUAAUCAGGGUCUAAGGACUGAUCCUGAGAAAAUAGUUGCUAUUAAGAAUUUCCCUAUACCUAAGACCACCACCCAAGUCCGUAGGAUAUUGGGAAUGUGUGGAUAUUAUCGCCGGUUUGUACCUUCGUACUCUACCUUGUUGUCACCCCUUACUGAUCUUCUGAAGAACAGGAAAAAAGGGCAGACCAUUACUUGGACUCCUGAGGCCG